AUGGCCGGCAGGUGGAGAACAGCAUACAAAUAUUCCAGCCUAUGCCUUACUAUCAAUGACGCCCCGGCGAUAGAAGGUGGUGAUGCGACAAUUGCAGAAGACGGCUUUCUAGUUCUGGAAAUUGCUAACCCUGGAUUUUACCUCGUCCAGUCACUUGUAGACUGGGAGAUUUAUCAUGUGAAGGUAUUGAGGAAGCAUUUACACCUCAUACCCAGGGACCAAGUGCGGACACGUGAAUUCUUACAUCCCUCACCACCUGAAGUGAGAGUUUCAACCAUGCCUUCCGCAGAAUUCAGAAACGUUGAAGACGACACACGUUUACUUAGUGACGAUGAGUAUUUCCAAAAACUGAUAUACUUUCAGUCAGACGGCGAGAAUUGGACGCUUUACCACGAAUAUAUGAAUGGAGGAUCCCUGGAAUAUCUAAUUAAGAAAUACCAGAGCGUUAAUCGGUCAAUUCCGGAGAUAUUUAUUUGGCAUGUUACCGCCGAAUUAUGUAAAGCAAUAGCAUAUUUGUAUUUUGGCUGGACUCCAUUGAAUCGCAGCAAAAUCCAAGGCUGGGAUAGGAUUUACCACCGGGCUAUAACGCCAAGUAACAUUCUCCUCAACUACGCGCCGAGGAACCCGGGUGCUGUACCUAGAGUCGGCAUUGAAUCAAAUGCUUUCCCCCGGAUUGCACUAUGCAACUUUUCGCACUCGGCCUUAAUUUAUGACUUGGAUGCUUGGUUAAAGCCGGGCCUCCAUCCAACCGAGGCGACGACAAAUGAUUGGGAGGACGUCCACCACCUUGGUUGCGUGUUACGCCUUAUGUGCAUGACCCAUAUCCCGCUCGGGGCGGGUUUAGUACCUGGCGAACAUUGGAAAGACGAGCAAGGCGAACACGCCUGGAGCCACCGGCCGGACAGCAGACUCGUCCGUGAUGCUAACGCAACUCCUGGGCCGUCCCACCCUGGAGGUCCAGGCUAUUCCGACCGUCUUAUGGAACUCUUGGGUAGAUUUGAAUGGGACAAUCAAAGAGACCAGGACGUUACAACAGUGGGAGAAUGGGGGUAUGUGGCGCCCACUCUUGAUUGGGUGGUGGAUACGCUGUUGUUCGAAGCAGAGACCAUGAUAUGGAAUUUUAGAAGACCGGGAGAAAAACCCAGGGGUCAUUUUACUAAUGUGGAUGUAUCGUGGACGAGGCCAUUAUGCCCUUUAAUACCGGUUCUGUAUGAUGAUCAAGAUGAAGACGACCCCAACGUUGACCCCACCCGUAUGGAAUAUCUACUAAAGACGCAAAGGCGUUUCAUGAGAAACUGCGAGUUACAAUUCCCAAUACCUAAAUUCCGCGAAAGGGAUGACAAUCGAUAAAUGUAUAGAGGUAUUAUACAUCAGCUGUUAUACAUGUUUUAUAGGUAGUUGGGAGAUAUCGGGUAG